GAAAGACGAGACGUCUCGAAGCCCCGCUCGCCGGGGGCCCGGCCGCCCCCGCAAGCGCAAGUCCACCCCCGGCCCAGCUGCUGCAGAGAGCUCGAAAAGACUCAGGUCAGUGCUCUGAUGCUGCGUCGGUAUAAUCAGCGUGAUUGGCAAGCCCAGCUCAUUCAUCCUGAUUCCUGUUUGUGUUUUUCCUGAAAGGCACGGUUGAUUUUCAAGAAGUUCUUCUUCAGCCGAAUUGAUUCAAAUGCUCUAUAGCUGAUGAUUUGCUUGAUUGGGCUCUGAAAGGAGCUGCGCACACAAGCACACACGUGCGCACGUACACAAUGGGUUAUAUGAUAGAAGCUGUAAGAUGGGUGUGAUUUUUAAUGAGAGAAAGUAAUGGAGCUGAGGGCUUCAUUAAUCACCAUUAAUCACUUUUAAUCAAAUUUAUCACUUGUAUUGAUUGUGUCCUGAUUCCAUGUGAACCUCCAGCACAUAUUAAUACAGCUGGACAAAGUCCUGAUGUACAGUUAUUACAGUGAUAAAUGACUCAACACCUCCCCCCACACGCUUCCACAUACAAGCACGCAUUAUUUAUUUAGCACCUCAGACAUGCAAACUUUUAGCCUGACACAAACCACACACACACACACACACACACACCCACACAC